UCGCCGGCAGCGGGAUAGAAAGGACGCGUGGGCUCGGUUCGGCUCCCCAGUGAGGGCAGCGGCGGGCGAAGGGGCACCGCGGCGAUGGUGUUUCAUGGCUUCCAGCAACUUGGUGGACCAGAGAGAAUCACAGGGUCCCUGAUCCUGGCGGUGUUCACGGCCGUACUGGGAUCUCUGCAGUUCGGGUACAACCUUGGCGUCAUCAAUGCUCCACAGAAGAUAAUCGAGCGAAGCUACAAUGAGACCUGGAUGAGGCGGCAAACGGGCGUGGAUCACCCGCGGCCAAUCGACCAAUCGGUGCUCACCACCCUCUGGAGCCUGUCGGUCGCCAUUUUCUCUGUCGGGGGGAUGGUGUCCUCGCUACUGGUGGGCACACUCGCCGAGUGGCUGGGCAGGAAGAAAGCCAUGCUGGUCAACAAUAGCCUUGCUAUGAUUGGAGGAAUACUGAUGGGGCUGUCUAAGUACUGCCAAUCCUACGAGAUGCUAAUCCUCGGCCGCUUUGUCAUUGGUGCAUACUCUGGCAUCUCAUCCGGCUUGGUCCCGAUUUACAUCGGAGAGAUUUCUCCCACCAGUUUACGAGGGAUGUUGGGAACGUUGCACCAACUUGGCAUUGUAUCCGGGAUCCUCAUUGCUCAGAUCUUUGGCCUGGAUGUCAUCCUGGGGACAGAUGAACUCUGGCCGUUCCUCCUGGCAAUCACUGUGUUGCCGGCCAUCCUUCAGGCUGCCCUGCUUCCCCUCUGCCCGGAGAGCCCCCGCUUCCUCUACAUCAUGCGCAACGAGGAGAGCAAGGCCAAGAUAUGUCUGAGGGCACUCACAGGGCAACAGGACGUCACUCCGUCCCUCUCAGAGAUGAAGGACGAGAAGCAGAGGAUGGACAUGGAGCGCAAGGUGACCGUGGCUCAGCUCUUCAGGAGCCCCAUGUACCGGCAGCCCAUCUUCAUCGCCAUCAUGCUGCAACUCUCUCAGCAACUAUCGGGCAUCAACGCCGUGUUUUAUUACUCCACCAGCAUCUUCAUCGGUAUGGGCAUCAAGCAGCCAGUGUACAUCACCAUUGGUGUUGGGAUCAUUAACACAGUGUUCACUGUGCUGUCUUUAUUCCUCGUGGAGAGGAUGGGACGCCGGGCUCUUCACCUCCUGGGAUUGGCCGGGAUGUGCCUCUGCGCCGUAGUGAUGACCGUUUCCUUGGCACUGCUGGACAAGCUGCCCUGGAUGAGUUACGUCAGCACCGUGGGGAUCUUUGGCUUCGUGGCUUUCUUCGAGGUGGGGCCUGGCCCCAUCCCCUGGUUCAUUGUGGGCGAGCUCUUCAGCCAGGGACCACGGGCAGCGGCCGUCACUGUCGCCGGGCUCACCAACUGGUCCUCUAACUUCAUCGUGGGAAUGUCGUUCCAGUACAUUGUGGAAUUGUGUGGCCCUUUUGUGUUCCUCAUCUUUGCUCUGUUGCUUCUGGGGUUCUUCACCUUCACCUACUUCAGGGUGCCCGAGACACGGGGCAAGACCUUUGACCAGAUCGCCUCUGCCUUCCGCCGCAACCCCUCCCUCCUCGACCACGAGUUCAAGCAGCACGGAACAGAGCUGGACUACCUGGAUGAUGACUCCAGUGUGUGA